AUGCCGUCGGUGAUAUCUCGUCUCCUAAGAGAUGUUACCGGUUUUGUGGACGCACCGAACAACGCUGGUUUAAGCGACAAUGUCUUUCACAUUUUUGAACAGAGUAUAGCGUACCGAGCUCAGGAAGAUGCAGACUGUUACGCCAGAUUUAACAAAUUACAAAAGGACUUGAGCAUAUUGGAGAUGGAGAAGAUAUCGAGGGGAAAUUCAAAGGCUCGUGACCAGAAAACCAUGGACAUCGAGGCUGAACUGUGCAACAUCACAAAAGAAGUGGACCACUUAUGCGAGAUCAAAGAUAUCAAGGAUGAGUUGAAGAUGAUACACAAGGUUUUGGAGGAUCAAAAGGCUGUCAUCGGUCAAUACGCUACGAGCUACGAAGAACUAAACUUUGGCGUCAACGAAAAGCAGUCCGACAGAGGAAAGGAGUGGGUAUCCGGGGACGGCGAAAGUCAACUGCUGUUGGAGACCAAGAAUAUGUUGGACCUGCGGAUCUCCAAGGUCAAAUCGCUUUUCACGGACGCAUCUACAGUGGAGAACUCUCUGAAUCAUUUACUGGAUCUCAAACAAAAACAAGGAAGUCUUAUUGUCGUCAGGGACACGCGCAGUCUCGCCAACGAAGCCGACCAAAGAGCCAAAGAUAGCGCAUGGCAAAGCAAGCUUCUGUUUAUCUUUACCAUAGUUACGGUCUUGUUUGACCCAGACCCCUAUAUCUUUUAUAUCCACAUUAAUGGCGUCGUUGCUGAGCUACUGACAUUUCUUGUUGUUGCACCUUGGGUUGAGUGGAACCGCUUUGUUCUACCUUGGACCAGACGUGAUUCUCAAAGAGGGGAUCAUAUCAUUAUUGGUAAACGACGAAGAGAAAGUCAGGUUUAG